ACUUUACACAUCAUACUCUCUAACAAUGCAACGAUUUAACCCCCAGGAAUCCUAAGACACAGUUCAAAAUGUACUGCCAAAAGUGUCGCGCCCCAUUGAAGCUGGACAGCUCCGUGGAAGACCUUAACCCGGCAGCAUUUGAUCUACUAGUUGGCGCAUCCUCCCAACAUCAGCCAAAGAAUCUCCCAGCUUCCCGACCAGCUUAUCCCCAAGAACGAAAACAGCUCUACGACCGAGUUUCUAAAAAUGCUCUGUCGCCGACUUUCAAGCGGCACGUUUCCGCGCCCCGACGCGGUGACACCACUUCUUCAGAUGCCAUGAGGAGCGGGCUCAGUAAUCCGGCGAUGUCUUUCGUUAUGUUAACGGAAUCGCAGGUGGUUCCUCCAUCUGUUGUGAAGUCUCCGGAAGAUACAAAUCCUAAAAAGCAGCGACAUGAUGAUACAAGCCAAGAGAUCACGGAGGACGAGGGGAAGGCGAUGUCCCAGGAUAUGGAGAGAGUAACUAGGCUCUUCGAGAUUCUCUCCUCACGGUCUGAUAUAGACCAUCCGAUAUGUGUGGAAUGUACGGAGCUACUUGUUGAGGGAUUACAGCAUCGGCUUGAGAUCGCGACAAAGGAGCGGGAUGCAUACGUGGGCUUUCUGAAGCAAGUGAACGCCGAGAUGCCGACGGAGGACGAGGUCAAGGAGUCUCAAGAACUCCUAGCGAAGGCACGGAGUGAGGAAGCCGCUGCUAUCGAGGAGCUCAAAAAGUUGGAGAAAGAAAAAGCCGCCGUAGAUGAAGAGAUCGCCCAGCUCGAAGAAGCAGCUCGAGCUCUGGAUAUCGAAGAGGAGAAAUUCUGGAGGGAACGGAAUGACUUUGCUAUGAACCUGGCUGAGUUUCAAAACGUACGAGACAGUGUGAAUCUGCAGUACGACCACGAUUCGCAGCAACUGGAAAAACUACAGAGAACGAAUGUCUACAAUGAUACAUUCUGUAUAAGUCAUGAUGGAAAGUUCGGAACUAUCAACGGCUUACGCCUUGGAAGAUUAUCCAACGUUCCUGUUGACUGGCCAGAGAUUAACGCAGCAUGGGGCCACACUGUCCUCUUACUUGCCACGGUCGCCGACCGAUUAGGCUUCAAAUUUGAAGGCUACGAACUUCAACCCAUGGGUUCCACCUCCCGAAUCAUCCGCUACGAUUAUCCGUCCCCGGCAGCCAGUCGAACAGCCUCGCAGCGGGCAAUCACCCGACCGCCCAAGAAAUCUAUUCUCGAACUUUACUCAUCGGGAGACAUGCCCCUCGGCCUAACAUUCAUGCACCGCAAAUUCGAUACCGCUAUGGAAGCCUUCUUGGAAUGUAUGAGACAGCUUGGGGCAUUCGUUGAGAGGGAGACUGCUAGGCAAUCCGAGACCGGGAGAGGUCUGAGCCUACCUUACACUAUUGAGGGAGAAAAGAUAGGGGAUGUGAGUAUUAAACUUGGAAUUGCGCAGGAUGAUGCUUGGAGCAGGGCCUGCAAGUAUACUCUUACUUGUUGUAAAUUUCUUUUGGCGCAUGCGUCAAAUAUUAAUGCUAUGAAUGGGAGAAGGGCUCCGUAGUAUCAGGCUAUUUGGCGUCUCGUUUGGAUGAGCAUGGCGUUCAGGUUGGGGGGAGGCAUUUACUACGGCGUUCUGGCAGGGCAUCCACCCUUAAAGGAGAUGAACAGGAGAGGUGUCUGAAGGUUUUUAAUGGAUAAUUGGGGCAAGGUGUAAACGCGCGAAUGUUGCGUGAAUCGAAUUGCCAUCUACAUAUUAAUUACUCGUCGCCUCUUGAAGAAGUAGAGUAAUGGGUAUGUAUGCAAAUUCCGCCAUCAACAAAUUUUAACGCCCCCUUCCCCACACAUCAUUCAUCCGUCCUUCAUGCUUGCUGU